AUGUUGACGGGUCGCCGGCUGAACGCCAGCGAGCACGACCGCCUCUUCAACAGGUCCCUUGAGAGGCCGAGACUUCUGGGCGUUGGGGAGCCGGAGCAUCCGGGAAGCCGUCUCCUCCGCGAAGUCACCGACGAGGCCAGAGUCAAGGCCAUCCUCGCGCUUGCCCUCAUCCUCGUUUGUGGACUGCUUUGUAGGUCCCCAGUUAUCGGCCAGAAUCGGCCCAACCCCUCAGACGAGUAG